UCUCAAGUAAUAGAAAAAAGAGGAGAGAGAGAUUCUGAGAGCCAUCGAACAACUGGUGGCCACGGAUCUCCCAGUCUCUUCAAGCAGCCUUUGGUUACAACUGGUGGGGAGUUAUGCUGGACUUCAGUAGAAGAGCAGGAUUGGAAUUCGGCAGCACCUCGGAGAUCUCCAUUCCUCCUUGCAUCCAACAAAGGGAGCUUUGGCUCUUGAAAGCCUAGACCCUGGAUGUCUUGCUGGACUUUAAGGUUCAUCCCCAUCGUGCCGUCCCACCACACACCUGAUCAUCCUCCACCAUGGAAGGCCUGCGGAUCGCCACCUGCUUCUUCUCCUUUGUGGGCCUCUUGCUGCUCAUCACUGCCCUGGCUUCAGACUACUGGACAGUGGAUUCAAUCAGAAGCGGUCACACAGGAUUGUGGCGAGUGUGUGAUGGUAACAGUUGCACAUCAUUUGGGAUGCGUACACUAGGAUUCGUCCACGCCACCCGAGUCUUCCUGUUAAUGGGGAUGGUUGCUGGCGCUGUUUCAUUCGUUGGUCUUUGUGCCUCAUUUUCGCACACCCACAUCCGCUCCAUUUCCAUAACGGAUCUUGCCAUGAAGGCCAGCUUCGUGGCAGGUGUUUGCUCCAUGAUUGCCAUGUCCAUAUUCACAGGAGUAUGCAAUGAUGCCAUCUUAUCGGAACAGGACAUGGUUUGGAUGGUCCUUUGGUAUUGGCUGGGCCUCGUUCCCUCUAUUUCUUAUAACUGGUGGGCUUGUUCACAAGACAGUCUCUGGUACUCCAUAGAGAUGAACUGCACCUUUGGGAUGCUGUCUGGUUCCCAAUUGCUACUGCUGAGUUCAGAUCCAGGGAACUCAUUCUGGAAGAAACAAAAAGACAGCACCCUCACCUUUUAAGGAAAGAAAAGAAAUAAUUUCUCCUCUUCAAGUUGCUUGCUUUUGUGUGAAGAAUUUUUUUAUAGCCAAUACUGUUCUUUCUAUA